UUUCAUACAUUUUUACUGUGAUCAAUGUGUCGCAUAUCCACCGACGACCGGUGAACUAAGACAUGUCAAUUUAACCUAGUUAUUUGUUUCGGUCUAAAUAUAAUGUAUCUUGCGUCGGUUCAGUAAUUCUUAUUCAAGCAGACUAUUUUGUCUUAAAUUGAAUUUCUAAUGAGAAUCUAUGGUACAGAAAAAUCAUCAUUAAAAAUUGUCUACUUUCGGUUUUAUGAUAUUUUGCCCAAGUCCUUAUUUUAUAAAAGGUUUUAUAAUGACUAAAGUUUUCUAUUGCAGGUAAUUCAAUUUAGAUUAUUUAUUAAUAGGUAAAAGAGACUAUUCCAAAAAUGUUCAGUAAAAUCAUUACACACUCGUUUAGAUUUUUAAAUCGGGAAAGUCUAGAAUUUAGAUUGGUCUCAAAAUAUAAUACAAGGUACAUUAGUUGUUCUGCAAUUCAAUUCAAUCAUAAACAAAAGGAAAAGGGUUACGAAGAUGACGUGAAAAAUCAGACAGAAAAUGAAAUUACUAGUGCAAAAGAAAUAAAUGAGCCAGUUGUAAAUGAUGAUACAAGUAAGGAAAUUCAAAAGCCUAUUAACAAAAAUGAACAGCUUAGAAUUAUUGAUCGGCCUCGAUUUGUUGGUAAAAAAAUUAUAAAACCUGAAGAGGAAGAUAAACAAAAAGAAGAUGAUUCAGAAUGGUAUCAAUAUGAUGAAGAGCAUGAAAAAGAACCAGAAGAAAAAAGUGAUGAAGAAAAGGAUAAACAAAUGAGUAAAUAUACUCAAGAUAUUAUAACAAAUUCUUUAGUGAAAGCUAAAAAUAAAAAUAAAGAAGCUUUUCUUGAAUGCAUAAGAAUGUAUGAAAGAUCAAGUGGUAAAAAAAGAGAAAGAGUAGCUUUUGUCUAUGGCGCAAUGAAGUAUAUGAAAGAAUUUGGUGUGCAUAAAGAUUUAAGUGUCUAUAAAAAACUGAUCGAAGUUUUCCCUAAAGAGACAAUGGUACCAACAAAUUAUUUUCAAACUUUAUUUAUGCAUUAUCCAAGAGAACAGUAUUGUUGUAUCAGUUUAUUAGAACAAAUGGAAGAUAAUGGAGUUAUCCCUGAUCCUGAAACAGAAACUAUUUUAUUAAAUAUCUUUGGUCAAAAUGGAAUACCUUUGGAAAAAUUUUGGAAAAUGAUGUAUUGGAUGCCAAAAUUUAGAAAUCUUAAUCCGUGGCCUGUACCUAAACCCUUACCAAAUGAUCCUUUAGAAUUAGCUAAACUUGCCAUGAUAAAAAUUUCUUCUGUUGAUGUUGAGAGUAGUAUUUCAGUAUAUCAAACAGAAGACAUAGAAGAUUCUAUUGAUAAGACCUGGGUUGUAUCAGCUAUGGCACCUAAACAAAAAGAAUUACUUCUUAAACAUGAUAAAAAUACUCCAAUUUAUGUCGAAGGACCUUUUAAAAUAUAUGUUGCAACUGAAUCUGUUGACUACUUUAUACUGAGAGCCGAACCUUUAAAAAAUAGAAAAUUUCCUGAAAUGAACACCGAUGAUGUAGAUAAAAUACCAAAUCCAUACUUAGAUAUUCAUACAACAGAAAUUAUACUACCACCAUCUGUUCAUGAACAAUUCGAUGGAACUUUCUUUGCUGUUUGUGCUACUGGAAUGUCAACAAAAGAUUCCCUUCUGUCAUGGAUUAGAUGUCUUCAAAAAGAUAACCCAAUAUUGGGUGACAUUCCAAUUAUCUUUACAUUAAGAAAUGUAGUAUCGGAAAAGAAAAAUCUUAUUGAUGGGGGUAUAAAAUCAGAGGAAUCAAGAAAGCUUGCUAGUGGUCUUGAAAAUGUAAAUGAAAGUGUCACUGACAAAGAAUGUUGAUACUUAAAUGUACCAUAAAUGUGUAUAUGUAUAUAAAUAUGUACGUGUGUGCGUAAAAUUAUUUGACCGAUUGAAGAAAAUUUGUUAAAUUGAUCUCUUGUUAUGUAGUUACUGCAUUUUACUUGUUAUUGAUUGAAAAAAUAAAU